ACAAAUUACUCAAUUUAAAGUUGUAAAUAUUUUUUGAGGAGAACAAGAAGGUGGUAGUACCAUUUUCACAAUGUUCGCGGAAGCGGAUAGUAUUCCUAGGGCAAAAUAUGCCAAUAUGAUGCAUUCUGACCCGAAUCUUUCCUCCACGAUGACUAACCAAACCGAGGAAGAGUACGGUAUACGGAAUAGCAGUGCAUCUGCGGUUGGCACGGGAAUGUAUGAUAGAAUGAGUUGUGAAGGUUCUCCAAUGAUGAUGUCUCCUUGGAACCAAGCAACUCCAUUUACUCAAACACAAUGGUCUAGUGUAGAAGAAAAUCUACCCCAAAAUGGCCUUAUUGGCUCGCUUGUCCGUGAAGAAGGUCACAUCUAUUCAUUAGCGGCGACAAAAGAUCUUCUUUAUACUGGUUCCGAUAGCAAAAACAUACGUGUGUGGAAGAAUCUAAAGGAGUUCAGUGCAUUCAAAUGUAAUAGUGGAUUGGUAAAGGCCAUUGUUAUUUCAGGGGAGAAGAUUUUCACAGGUCACCAAGAUGGAAAGAUUCGUGUUUGGAAAGUUUCUCCUAAGAACCAGAGCUUGCACAAACGUUCUGGAACAUUACCAACUUUGAAAGAUAUAUUCAAGGCAUCUCUUAAACCAAGAAAUUAUGUUGAGGUGAAGAAACAUCGCACUGCUCUUUGGAUCAAACACGCCGAUGCUGUUUCAUGUUUAAGCCUAAAUGAUGAACAAGGGUUGUUGUAUUCUGCUUCAUGGGACCGGACCAUUAAGGUGUGGAGGAUUGCUGAUUCAAAAUGUCUAGAAUCAAUCCCUGCUCAUGAUGAUGCUGUAAACUCGGUGGUAUCAACAACUGAAGCAAUUGUUUUUUCUGGAUCAGCUGAUGGGACAGUCAAGGCAUGGAAGAGAGACCAACAAGGAAAAUACACAAAGCAUACACUAUUGCAAACAUUAACAAAGCAAGAGAGUGCAGUCACAGCUUUGGCUGUAAGCAAGAAUGGCGCAGCGGUGUACUUCGGUUCGAGUGAUGGUUUGGUCAAUUUUUGGGAGAGGGAGAAACAGUUGAACUACGGUGGCAUUCUCAAGGGCCACAAGCUUGCUGUUCUUUGUCUAGAAGUGGCAGGGAGUCUUGUGUUUAGCGGAUCUGCUGAUAAGACAAUAUGUGUGUGGAAGAGAGAUGGAAAUAUUCAUACAUGCCUCUCUGUACUAACAGGUCACACAGGUCCUGUAAAAUGUUUGGCAGUAGAAGCAGAUCGUGAAGCCUCAGAACGUCGAGACAAAAAAUGGAUUGUAUAUAGUGGAAGCUUGGAUAAGUCAGUGAAAGUAUGGGGAGUUUCAGAAUCUUUCAUUGACAUGAACCAAAUGAGUAUGAUGCAGCAGCAACAACAACAUGUUAUAUCACAUUCUGAACCUUUCAUGUCUGAUGGAAGUUUCUCAUCAUCAGCUGGUGGAGCUAGCAGUCAUCGAAGACACUAAUCAUGGUUUGUUAUUUGCCUUUCAAAAUACCAACUCUGUCUAAAUUAUUCAUUUGUUUUAUUGUUAAAUUUGAAUUUAAAAAAAGAAAAGAAACUUCUAGUUUUAUGAUGCAGUAUUGUACAAUAUGGAAUUGAGUUUGAACUACUUCUUUUUUUUGUUUAUUAUAAAGGUUUGUUGUAAUUUUCUUGUAUUUUGUGAUGGAAACCUGUAACUCUUUCAAACUUGAUAAUAAUUAUUACUGUUGUAAACUUGAAUAAUAGUUCAUGCAUUUC